CUAAUUCAUUACCAAAUUUAAAGAAGAAAAAAAAAAAAAAAAAAUUGAACCUUUACGUUUUGCUUUCGUCUUUCUCCACAACAAUGGAGUUUGCUUUAGCGACUUCGAGUUUUCUGGGUACUCAAGUGAUUCCAGCGACUCUGUUCUGCAAACGAGUUCGAGCUGUGUCUCUCACUGUGACAGCGAGUGGCAGUUACAAUCGAAGUAGAAACGAUAAGGUUUACACGAGGCUUGACACUUGUUUAGUCAUCCCUCCUCCUCCUAGAUUCAAGAAACCUCGUGCCAUUGUUAAAUUCUUGGGAGGUGCCUUCGUCGGUGCUGUUCCUGAACUCACUUACAGUUACCUCAAGGAGUUACUGGCAAAGGAAGGGUUUUUAAUAGUAUCAGUGCCGUACAAUGUUACAUUUGAUCAUGAACAAGCUGCUAAGCAGGUUUAUGAGAGGUUCAAUUCAUGUUUGGACAAGAUUGUCUCAUCAGGAAUUCCAAAUGCAAAUUUCAAGGCUGAAGAUUUAGCUGACCUUCCUCUUUUCUCAGUUGGUCACAGUAAUGGUGCACUGCUACAAGUUUUGACCGGAAGUUAUUUUUCUGAGAAGAUACCAAAGGUUAAUGCUAUCAUUUCAUUUAACAACAAAUCAGCGACAGAGGCAGUUCCGUAUUUUGAGCAGCUUGGUCCUCUUAUUCAGCAGAUGAUGCCAGUCGUGGAAGCUUCUCCAGUAUAUGAAAUGGCUCGAAAUGCUUCAGGUGAUGUGUUGAAACUUUUACUUGAUACUGCUGGGACAACGAUUCUAAAUAACGAUCAAGAAGCUCUGAAGUCAUUUACUAAUUUGGUGGAUCAAUUGCCCUCAGUAUUUGGUGAGGUUGGACAAGGGGUGUCGGAAUUUCGGCCGUCACCACUUGAGAAUCGCAAUCGCUUCAAGUGCUCAUACAGUGUUCCACACACUUUACUGGUACAAUUCAACUCCGAUGCAAUCGAUGAGACUGAUUUGCUUGAAGAAACCCUUAGGCCUAGGAUAGAAUCUAUCGGCGGUACACUUGAAAAAGUCCGGCUUAGUGGAAACCAUCUGACACCUUGCAUACAGGACCCAAAGUGGCAGAUUGGGUCUGUUUACACACCAGCAGACGCUGUGGCUCAGGCGCUAAAGACGAUUCCUCUUAGCGAAACUCGAGUUCUUUCGAGAACUAUCGCCGACUGGUUUAGACAGUUUGAGAAUUGACCUGUCUCAUGUAUUGAACGAAGCAAUACAUGAACAAGACCAGCCUUUGAUCAUCUUCCGAACAUACAUCCUUGUCUGAACCAAAAAAUAAUAUCUAGAAUAUGUGUAUAGACAUGUAUAUACAGUACAUUGGGGAAGCAUAACAAAGAUUUUCAUUGUUAAUCACUUUCAAUGCAAUUAGCUACAUAUUAUAAUUUUCUUGUAGAUAUUGACAAA